AUGAGUGAUCGAGACUAUUUACCUUUAUCGACUACAUUAGUUAAAACAUUAACUGAUAAACUAUAUGAAAAACGUAAAACAGCUGCACUUGAGAUUGAAAAAAUGGUUCGAGAAUUCAUGACUGCUCAAAAUUAUGAACAAAUUGAACGCAUUUGUAGAAUACUCAGUGAAUAUUUUGUUUUAUCACAAAAUGGAAAUUUUCGUCGUGGUGGUUUAAUUGGUAUUGCAGCAUUAGCCAUAGCGUGUGGCAAAGAAGCGCAAAGAUUUAAAACAUAUCUUGUACCACCGGUUUUACAAUGUUUUCUUGAUAAUGAUCCAAAAGUUCGAUAUUAUGCUUGUGAAUCAUUGUAUAAUAUAGCAAAAGUUCUUCGAACUGUCACACUUUCUUACUUCAACGAAAUAUUUGAUUCUCUGUCUAAACUUGUAUGCGAUCUUGAACCAACAGUGAAAAGUGGAGCUGAAUUAUGUGAUCGCUUAUUGAAAGACAUUGUGAUUGAAACAUGUUCUCAAUUUGAAGUUAUUGCUUUUAUUCCACUUCUACGCGAACGAAUUUAUGUUCGUAAUGCAUUUACUAGGCAAUUUAUUGUUUCUUGGGUAUCCUUACUUACAUCUGUACCUGAAUUUGAUAUGGUGCAAUAUUUACCAGAGAUUAUGGAUGGAUUAUUUCAUAUUUUAGGUGAUCCUAAUCCAGAAAUUCGAAAAUCUUGUGAAAUCCUAUUUAGUGAAUUUUUAACGAUUCUAAAAAGCUCACAAGUUCAACCGGAUAUGUUUGAAGAUAUGACUCGAAUUUUAAUACAAAAUUGUCAAUCAUCAGACGAAUUAAUUCAAUAUACAGCGUUACAUUGGCUACGAGAAUUUCUUAAUAUGCCUAAAUGUCAUCAAGUACUUUUACCUCAUUCAGCUGGAUUAUUGUCGGCCGUACUUCCAUGUUUUUCAUACGAUGAUGAUAACCAGACAGCCAAAGAGAUCAAUUCAGUUUUACGACAAUUAAUUAAAAAUGAAAGCAGUAAACGCAAUGAAAACAAUGCAGCUCAAAAUCUUCCAGAUUUGACGAUAACCAAAAUGGUUGAAGUACUUAAAACUCAAAUACAAUCGGGUGCUUCACCAUCACGUAUUAUUGCAUUAGGUUGGGUGCAUCAUCUAUUUGAAUGUCUUCAAGAUCAGAUGGUUGCGCACAUUGAUGUUUUAUUUCCAACAUUAUUUCGUGUACUCAGCGAUCCAACUGAUGAGACAGGGAGUUAUCCUAUCAAGCCUCCAGCACCACUAAUUACUGCAAAUUUACCUUUAUCAUUGCGAAAAAAGCCUAAUAAACAACAACAUCAACAUACGACAGAAGCUGUACUUUUGGUUUUACAAGUUUUUGCACUUAUAUCAACAUCCAAUCGAACAAAUACAGAUAGAAAUUAUAAUGAUUAUUUUACAAAAUUCAUCAUUGUACUUAUGGAUUUAUUUCGCACGGAUCGUGGACUUCUAGAAGCUCGUGGAUCAUUUAUUAUUCGUCAAUUAUGUAUGUUGCUGUCACCUGAAGAUAUCUAUAAAACAUUAUCUGAAACAUUAGCGAAUGAGCCUGAUACUAACUUUGCUGCAAUAAUGGUUAAAAUUCUUAGUUCAAUAUUAUUGACAUCAACGGAAUUACAUGAUUUACGAGUUAAAUUAAAAAAUUUACAAACAACAGAAAGUGCUGGCUUAUUUGUAUGUCUGUAUAAAACAUGGUGUCACAAUCCAAUAGCAUUGGUUGCAUUAUGUUUUUUAUCACAAAAUUAUGAUCAUGCUUGCAAACUUGUUCAAUUAUUUGCGGACAUUGAAGUUACUGUGGAUUUUUUAAUUGAAAUCGAUAAACUAGUUCAAUUACUUGAAUCACCUAUUUUUACAUAUCUUCGUUUAGCGCUUCUUGAUGUAGAAAACAAUCAAACUUUAAUUCGUGCAUUAUGUGGCUUAUUGAUGUUAUUACCAGGUAAAACGGAUGCAUUUCAUGUAUUAAGAAGACGUCUUGAAUGCGUACCAAAUUUUAUUGAUAAAUUUACAUCUGUGGAUAAACGUGUUGCUAAUCUUUCAAUGAAUGCCAAAGUCAAUGAAACUACAAAUGAUCCAAGAAAAAAUAUUAAUUUUGAUGAAUUACAGCAGUAUUACUUAGCCAUACAAAAUAAACAUGUAGACUCAAAAAAACAAAGAUAUCGAUACACCCCUACGUCCGAUGGUUUAUAA